CGAUCUUGUUCUGGCUAGCGGAACACAAGGCUGCGCUGAUGGCAGGCAGCUACCUGUCAACAACCUCGGCAUAGCUGAAACUGAAGCCUGUGUGGCCCUUUGUCGUCUGCUUCUGUCAGUUGUUGCAGGUCCUUUCGGUGUAGCCAAAAAGGCUGCAGUGUUAUGGAUGAACCAUGAAGGCCCAAUUACAAGUCACAGUGCUUUCAGCCAAGCUCAAGGAAAACAAAAAGAACUGGUUUGGACCCAGCCCCUACGUUGAGGUAGCAGUGGAUGGCCAGUCAAAAAGGACUGAAAAGUGCAACAACACUCACAGUCCCAAAUGGAAGCAGGCUGUCACAGUAAUUGUGACUCCGGUCAGCAAGCUGAUCUUUCGGGUUUGGAGCCACCAGACACUGAAAGCAGACAUACUGCUGGGAAUGGCUAUACUGGAGAUCAGUGAGACCCUUAAAGCUAACGACCUGAAAUUAUGUGAAGUGGUGCAGACACUGCAGCUGUGCUCUGACAGAGACCCUCGGGAUGUUGUUGGUGACCUAUCAGUCUGUCUAGACGGCAUGCAGGUAGAUGCAGAAACCUUUGCCGCAGCAGAGAAAGAACAUGUUGUUGUUCCAAAUGGAAAUGCAAAACAAAAUGGAGAUGCUGGCAACAGGUCAAGCAGAGACACAUCUCCCUCCAGUGACUCAGAGGAGUGGGUCAUUGUGCCUAAUGGUCAUGCUGUCAAUGGUACGGCUUCUCCUUCACGGUCUCCAGGUGGCUCCAACUCCUUGCGUCCUCCCAGACCAGCCCGACCUCCUCCUCCUAUGCCUCACAGACCAGCAGCCUCGCCAACCUCUUCUAGCAGUUCCUCGCCGAGUGAGCUGAGUGAAGGUCCAGCUUCCGAUGGCUCUUCUCAGGCGUCAGCUAGUGGGUGUUCAAAUCAGCAGGAUGACUCAGCUGCAGGGGCAGCAGGUUCUUCACAGACAGCAGGUGGGCCCAAACCAGGGACCUCUGCCCCUGCAGCUCCGGCCACAACAACUCCCAGAGUCGCACCUAUGAGCAACGGCCCCUUACCACCAGGGUGGGAGCAAAGGGUGGACCAGAACGGUCGGGUGUACUAUGUAGACCACAUUGAGAAAAGGACAACCUGGGAACGGCCUGACCCUCUGCCUACAGGGUGGGAGCGCAGGGUGGAUCCGAUGGGUAGGGUGUACUAUGUUGACCACAUUACCCGAACUACUACGUGGCAACGCCCCACGCAGGAGUCGGUGCGUAACUAUGAAGAGUGGCAGCACCAGCGCAGCCAACUGCAGGGAGCCAUGCAGCAGUUUAACCAGAGGUUCAUUUAUGGGCUUCAAGACCAGCUGGCAGCCACGGCCAACAAAGAGUUUGACCCGCUGGGACCUCUGCCACAUGGCUGGGAGAAGAGAACGGACACCAAUGGCAGAGUGUAUUUUGUUCAUCACCCAACUCGGACGACACAGUGGGAGGAUCCCAGGACACAAGGGCUGCUGAAUGACAAGCCUCUUCCAGAGGGUUGGGAGAUGAGGUUCACUGUGGAUGGUAUUCCCUACUUUGUAGACCACAACAGGCGAACCACAACCUACAUUGACCCUCGCACUGGCAAAUCCUCACUUGAGAAUGGACCACAGAUAACCUAUGUCAGGGACUUCAAAGCCAAAGUGCAAUACUUCAGGUUCUGGUGUCAGCAACUGUCAAUGCCUCAGCACAUUAAGAUUAAUGUCUCCCGGAAAACCUUGUUUGAGGAUUCAUUCCAACAGAUCAUGAGCUUCCACCCUCAAGACCUGAGGCGGAGACUGUGGAUUAUUUUCCCCGGAGAGGAAGGUUUGGACUACGGAGGUGUGGCCAGGGAAUGGUUCUUCUUGCUGUCUCAUGAAGUACUGAACCCCAUGUACUGUUUGUUUGAGUAUGCUGGCAAAGACAACUAUUGUCUGCAGAUCAACCCUGCCUCCUACAUCAACCCUGAUCACCUCAAGUACUUCAAGUUCAUAGGACGCUUCAUUGCCAUGGCCUUGUUCCAUGGCAAAUUCAUCGACACAGGUUUCUCCCUGCCUUUCUACAAGCGUAUUCUGAACAAACCUCUGGCUCUCAAAGACCUGGAGUCCAUCGAUCCGGAGUUUUACAACUCACUCAUCUGGAUCAAGGAUAAUAACAUAGAGGAGUGCGGCCUGGAGAUGUUCUUCUCCGUUGACAAGGAGAUCCUGGGGGAGGUCACCACCCACGAGCUGAAACCAGAUGGAGGGAACAUCCAAGUAACUGAGGAGAAUAAGGAGGAAUACAUCAGGUUGGUGGCAGAGUGGCGGCUGUCCAGAGGUGUGGAGGAGCAGACUCAAGCAUUCUUUGAGGGCUUCAAUGAAGUUUUGCCCCAGCAGUACCUUCAAUACUUUGAUGCUAAGGAAUUAGAGGUGAUGCUGUGUGGGAUGCAGGAGAUAGACCUGGUGGACUGGCAGAGAAACACAAUCUACAGGCACUAUGCCCGAAGCAGCAAACAGAUCCUUUGGUUCUGGCAGUUUGUGAAGGAGAUGGACAACGAAAAGCGGAUGAGACUGCUGCAGUUUGUCACAGGAACCUGUCGCCUUCCUGUGGGCGGCUUCGCUGACCUGAUGGGAAGCAACGGUCCUCAAAAGUUCUGCAUUGAGAAAGUGGGCAAAGAGAACUGGCUUCCACGAAGCCACACAUGCUUUAAUCGCCUGGACCUCCCUCCUUACAAGAGCUAUGAGCAGCUGAAGGAGAAGCUCAUGUUCGCCAUAGAGGAGACAGAAGGCUUUGGACAGGAGUAAUGCAACAAGAACAGGAGCUGCAGGAUGGGAUGGAGCAGUGUGGGUUUUGGAGGAGCCAGAUCCAUUUCAUACAAGAGCACUUUUCCACAGAUUCUCCUUGCAGCCAGGAACUGCUUCUAAACUGGUAGAUGGACCUACAACUCUUCAUUUUCUAUCACAUGAUCAUAUGCAGUAACAACUGUUUCUUCACAAAUUCAUUUAUCUCACAAGAGACUCGUGAACUCUCCUCCACCUUUGCUUCACUUUUCACCUACACGAUCGGUCCCACCCUAAUCCAGCUGAUCUCGCUUCGCCCUGGUCAGCCCACUAUCAGGCGAUUAAAGCAGAAGAGACGCCUUUUUCACCCUGUCAUGUCUGCACUCGCUGUACGGUUGCGCAAGUGCAGUUUCUACACGUGUUUCUCUUCAGUUUCUACCUGUGAAUUUGUGCAGUAGUAACACCUUUAAGAGCCGCCUCCUCGGGUCUAUGCACUAGAAUGAAUAAUUUCAGAGAAAAGAACCAUAUUUGUGCGUUUUGACUUAAAAUAAAGAAGUUCAUAUCUAAAAGUUACAUCAAAGGCACAUUUAUGGUUUUGGGUCUGUCAGACUCUGCUUUUAUUUUAUUUUUUUUAGGAUGAAUGAAUGGAUUUUAUUUUUUUUAACAGCUGACUGACUCCUGUAGCACAUACGCAGUUUCUUUAAUAACUUUGAUAAAUAUGAUCAUGCUAAUUGUAAUGAUAAUUUCUCUUCUUCUGACAGAUUGCUUUCUUAACUUUAUAAUGAGUUAAAACUUUGAACUAGUUUGCACAUAGUUAGGUGAGCAGUAAGAGGGUUGUGAUUGUUCUUAAGAGAGGUUGUAUUUUUAUGUGCAAUAGUUUUGUAGAAAACAAUUUUUGCCAAUAAUAGAGCCAAACAGUGAUUUGUUUGAUCAUUUUCUAACACUUUGAUAAGUUUCAGCAUUUACAAGCCCAAUUGGAAAAACAAUUGAGAUGCUGUGAAAAACGUAAUAAAAACAGAAUGCGAUGAUUUGCAAAUUCUUUGAAAGCUACAUUCAGCUGUAAAAAGACAAAAUAUCUAAAUGCACAAACUGGGAACCUUUUGUUUUUUUGUAAAUAUAUACACUCAUUCUGAAUUUUCUGCAUUCUGUUUUUAUUUACUCUUUUACACAGCAUCCCACAAUUUUUUGCAAUCAGGGUUGUACUAUUGAUUUUAAGUCUCAAUCUGAAAUAGAGAACAUUUGCAUAUUUGCGAGUGUGUAUGGUGAAACUGGUUUGGUGUGAUUCAAUUUGAAAACUUUGCCUUCCCAAAAUAAUCUGUGCUGUAUUCAAUGUCAGCCUAUUUGACCAUGAAUGGCCGCUUCCUUUACCAGUCAGGAAGACUGAAAGGAGUGAAGUGUUUUCUUGAUAAUUCUGAGCUGCUACUAAUGAAGUGGGAGCUUUAAGAUGUAUUGUGUAAUAGAGAUAAAAUGAUUUGUUGCAUACUGACCUAGUCCCACUGAAAGGUAGCCAAUUCUCUGGUAGAUGUUGAGAUUUAAGUAUUAUCCUAGAUCAAUAAUGAAAAUCCUUACUGUUUAACGUGUUAAGUGACUAAUGCAGUUUAUGUAAAUAUACUUAAAGUAGAAAAUGUGUUUAAAAUCUUAAUACAUUUAGUUCACCCGAGCUGUGGACCCCUUUGAGUUGCAGGCAUAAGUUGAUAAUUAAGAUUUGAAUUAAUGUAAUAUAAGUGGCCCUAGUUUUAUAGGGUGUUAGGUAUUCAGAUUUGUACAGUAGUAUAUUAGCGUAUUUCAUGUCUUUUCCAAAAAUAGCUCCACUAACAUCAAACUUAAAGUUUCUUUUUUUAGUAACAGGUAGAGUAUCUCUUUAAGAAAAUUACUAUUAAACCAAUCUACCAAAGGAUUUUUUUUUUAAAUAAAUAAACCAUUUGACUUAAAAGUCUUAAGUGUAAUCAGUUCAUAACAUCCCCUAACUGAUUACACAGUUCACAUCAGUUGUCACUUUUAAGUUGUUAGUUGUCCUUUAUUAUAUUAGGGGGUAACACUGUGAGGUACAAAAAGGUAGCUGAGCUACUUGAAUCUUAAAGACACAAUAAGUAGGAUUUUCCUUUAAAAAAGAUAAAGACUCUUAAAUUGUACUAAAAAUAAUCUCAGACAUGCUAGAAGAACCCUUUCUUCUGCCUGUAUUUUCUGCUUUUUCAUUUUUAACUUUGCUGUAUUUGGGACAUUUCUGAGUAUGGCCUGGCUGACACUUUGAUCAGUGUCAUCUGAGUCAGAUGCUUGAAAGCUCUGCUAAAUUCUCCUGUCUGGACUAGCCUGAAGAUUACUAAACUUUCUGGAAACUUUGAAUAUUGUGUUUACAAACCACAACAGACAAAUCCUACUCAUUGUGUCUUUAAAUACAAAAUCUGAAGAAAACUAAAGUCAUAUUUUUAAACAAUUUGUAACAGUCAUAGCGUCAAGCUGUGUAGUGUGUGUGUGUGUGUGUGUGUGUGUGUGUGUGUGUGUGUGUGCGUGUGCGCAACGAGCUGUAAAGUACAUGGUAUAAAUUCAUUUUGUAUCCCAAAUCAUUGGAAAAAUCAGUUUCAGCAAAUUCACUUCUCAAUACAAUGUAAAAGGACGUAUCUGCAAAUUUUGUAUGCAUCAUGUGGUAGUGUUUUAUUUCAUGAUGUCAAUGCUAGUACUACAUUAAAAAGGCCUAAGCUUUCCCUUAAUUUACAGGUGUAUUUGACCCUCAGUCAAUAUCAGUUACUGCUCACUUUAUUCUUAAUUGUGUCAGUUUCUUAUUAUCUCACAUUUUUUACCCCUAACUGGCAGCACACAAACACAUAGUGUGUUCCUACUGGUGUGCAGACAUGUGAAGAGAUUAUUGAAAAAAAAACAACCUUAAUUAAAGAAGGUUUGUGAUUAAAAUGUUUACUGUUGAAGAUUUUAACAGAUUACGACUAAUAAUAUAGCACCUUGACACUCCAAACUGGUUGAAUUAACCACUUCACUGUUUAAUCACUGCUGUGUUCCAGAUCAUGGAGCAGUUCAAUGUAUAGAAAUAUGCAAACUAGUGUUUUAGUUGUCCUGAUUGCAUUGUAAAUCAUGUUGAUAGUGUAAUCACUGUUUUUUUGAAGCUCUAACUUUUUUGAUAAGUGGAAGUCAAUGGUUGAAUACUAUUUAUUUGGAGGAUGGGUUUCAUGUAACAAUGGACUGGAUUGAUUGAGGAAAAAAAACAGUAAUAAAAUGAUUUAAACACUGGG